AUGUGGAACGACUCAGAUGCCAUGAAGCUGUUCAAUGCAAACCUACCAGUCUUCUACAUACGGCCAUACAAUGCAUUCGAUCAACAAGUCAUUUCAUCCGUGGUACCGCUUUCCCCGCCUCAGAUUUGCAUGGUGACUGCGUCGCCUCCGUACCCAAUAUUGCUGUCUAGCUGCCAGGCUGGGUCAGACGAGAAGUUUGCGGCAAUUCGCUCUGCAGCCAUCUCUUGUUUUGAUGUGCAAAGUCCGUUUGAAAACAUGCAUUUGCCUGGGGCCUAUGCAUCUUCAUUUUCCAUAUCUCAAUCUCAUAAACAAAUUUGUUCACCCGGUGUGUCUGUUCCAUCGACAUCCAGUCUUACUGGUGUUGUCCGAACCUCCUCUUCUUUUACUCGCGCUGGGCCAUACCCCAAAAGCCACAAAGCACCACAACAAGCUAAAAAACAUUCUAGAGCCAGAGGCAGCGACCUACCUACUCAAUCUCAACCAUCGCGCUUCGAGGACCUGGCAGUACAGAGCCCUCUUUUGCCUCCCCUUUUGCCAUCAUGUAGAGGUAUCAAUGCCACUAUCAACAUUCGACAUUCGGGGAUACUCCACGACACAGCACAACCUCCAAAACUGACCACUGUUGUCCCUGACCCUGCUCUCAUUUUCGGGUCUCCAGAUGAGGAAAAGCGACUGCUAUACCUCAAGCAGUGGUGUCAUGUCCGUGAUGCCUGGCUUUCCUAUUGUCGUGAGUCAUCUUCUCCAGCAGAGCCAGUUAGUGGUACCAUCUGGAAGAAAAUACUCAGCCUUCCUUCAAUUGGGCCUUGGAAGACAGAGAAACCUGUGAAAUCAAAACAAGACAGCGACCAUCAGGCUGCUACUCAGUUGCUCGAAACAGUCUUUACCCGUCACAGGCCUAACUCUUCUAUCAUCUCCAGCAUGAAUUCGGUGACAAUUUCUACUUCAGAGGCAAAACGACUUGUACGUGAGCUCACCUUCAUCAACUUCCGACACCAGCUUCUUUCGCUCGACGCAGUAGUGGACCAGACUGCUCCAGAACCAAAUGCCUCUAUUACUGCUGUGGAAUUGAAGGUACUGGUUGCCAACCAUCGCCGUAAUCGAAAGGGAGUUGUGAAUGCGAUUUUCGGUAACGGAGGAGACGUGUUUACCUGGAGUGAUGUAACUCUAAGGACUGGGUUUGUGGCUGAUUCUUGGGCCCAUAGAGUGGGUGCUUUGCGAAGCUUUUGGAGGUUGAUGAGUGACUGGCCUGUUGAUAAGUCUGGAAUUUGGAAUUGUGGACUAGAUCCCAAUCUGCCGCAUCUUGUGGGACCGGGAAAAGAGUGGGAGACUCUACUAUUUCAAACUUAUGCACAGACAUAUUUCAAUUUCUUAGGACAUCCUCCCAUUUUACCAAGAGUUUUUGGGUGA